AAUGGUACCCUACGUCGCUGUUGAUUCCAAGAUGGCGGCCGCUUGGAGGUCUGUUUUUCGCGAGGGCUUGUUUGAUGGAAAAGUAGCAAUCGUAACGGGUGGGGGCACUGGGAUAGGCAAGGCAAUUGCAGCAGAGCUCCUUAGCUUGGGAAGUAAAGUGGUAAUCGCAUCAAGAAGUGAGGAAAAAUUACAGAAAGCUGCAGUCGACCUUGAGAAGUUUAUUCCUCCGUCUUCUUCUGCUGAAGUCAAAGUUAUUCCAUGCAAUAUCAGAAAAGAAAGCCAGGUCACUAAUCUAAUGAAGUCCACCCUGUCUAGUUAUGGCCGGAUAGACUACCUGGUUAAUAAUGGUGGCGGCCAGUUCCUGUGCCCAGUGUCUAACAUGUCUUACAAAGGCUGGAAUGCAGUCAUAGACACAAACCUGAAUGGAACAUUUCUAUGUUGCACAGAAGCCUACCGACUUUGGAUGUCCGAACAUGGUGGAUCUAUUGUCAAUAUUAUUGUAGACUUUUUCAAAGGAUAUCCAAAUAUGGCCCACACUGGUGCAGCGCGGGCUGGUGUACACAAUUUGACAAUGAGCUUGGCGGUAGAGUGGAUCUCAAAUGGAAUUCGCAUCAACAAUGUAGCUCCGGGUGUCAUAUUUUCAGAAACAGCAGCUGCCAACUACCCCAUUCCAGACUUGUUUGAGAAAAUCAGACAAACCCUACCAGCAAAAAGAUGUGGGGAAACAGAGGAGGUUUCAGGUGCGGUGUGUUUCCUGCUAUCGCCAGCAGCCUCAUACAUCACAGGUUCCACAAUCAAAGUAGAUGGUGCCUCAAGUCUGGUGUUUGCAAAUGCCAUGAAAAUACCUGAUCAUAAUAAUAUGCCACUCUUUGAUGACAGAGAUGACUCAAACCCAAAAAGCAAGUUAUAGAAGUUAGGUUACUACAGCUGCCGACUAGACAUAAUUACAGUAAAAAAACUGUAUAUUGUAUCUAGGUCAUAUGAAUCUAUGAGGCCAUGAGGCUCAAGAUGGGACUAGUAUUACUCGCAUGAUAUAAUUAAUUUAGCUGGCUUAUCUCUGGCUAAUAAAUGUUUAUUCCCCAAUGCCCAUAUUUUAAUGACUGGUGGAUUUGUGUCCACUGAGUUCAUGUUUAUAAUUUUGUUCCAUUUAUUCCUCCAACUUUUCUUUAUUGCCUUUUCUUUAUUGCCAACUUUUCUUUAUUGACUCACUGUCAACUGUUUUGUUCCUUCUCCUCAAUAAAGUUGUCAUUCGCCUA